AUGCCUCCCAUUACCCGCAAGAAAGCUCAGGCUAUGAACAACAAAAACAACCCCCAACCCUUCAGCGCCGUCACUGAUGGAGCUGCUCAGGCCGCUGGAGACGUCAUGGAUCACAAGCACAAGGACGAUGACCCGUUCGAGCGUGUCUUCGGUCCCAUCAUCGAUGUUCUAUCAGAUGACCGUGACUCUGAUUACUCUGAUUAUGGGGCCGACAAGAAGAAACGCAAGAGAAAGAGCGACAGCGGCCAGAAGGGGAAGGCCAAGAAACGUCGUGGUCGCGCUCCACCUCCUGUUGUCCCGGAUCUUUCAGAUGACGAUUAUGUUUCCAACGGGGUCGAAUCUGAGCGGGAAGAGGAUAGUGGUCUCUGGUCUGUCGAACGUAGCGCUGCUGCAAAGAAGUCUCAGGAGAAGAACGAGCUGUCGCAGGUUCUAAGUGUCAAGGUCAAUGGUGAAGGUGGCGCCAAGACGAUCAUCAACCUCAACCUUGCUGAUGUUCUGAAGGACUUGGGUGCUACCUCUUGGACUUUGCCUGUCGCAACUCGAGCCGACACUGGGGAUUUCGAGGACACCACACUGGUCGAGAGCAAGAAGAGCAAGAAGUUUGGCUUCUGCGAGCUGCCAUUCGAGCUUCGCUUGAAGGUCUAUCGUUUCGUCUUCCGUCAGGGCAAGGCUACUGAGUUCGAAAACCGCGACUUCUCACGCUCUUCUCAUUUCCUCCGGACCAACAAACAGGUCCUCAAAGAAGGCAGAGCGGUCCUCUAUGGUGAGAACUCAUUCCACUUCACUCGAGACACUGCGAUUCGCGGCAAAUACUAUCAGAAAGUCUGGAGAGAGGUCGGUUUCAAGGAUAUUCGACGAUUCCUCGAAUCGAUCGGGCCUGUCAAUAUCUCUUGCUUUAAGUAUAUCUCGUUCGUACUCACCGAUGGAGCGGACGGUCGAUCCAGAACAGCGUCGCAGAUUCCAGAGCGCAAAUUCGUCGACGACCCACAUUUGCAUGAGGUCUUCCGUCUCAUUGGGGCCAACGCCACGUUGAGGACGCUCGCUAUCCAGUUUGCUGGCCGCGCUUGGGUUACCCACAACGACUUCCACUUCUUGAAAGCUCUCACUGAAAUCAAAUGUUACAACUUCGUCACCAUCUACCGACUCAGAGGACUCACUAACAAGAUACUCAAUGAUCUCAAGGGCAAGUUGAAGCUGGUCAUGCGCGUGACAGAAGAUGGUGUGCCAGUCGAACGCAAGGAUAAUAAGAAUAAGGUGAAGAUGGUGUAUGACGGAUUCUCAGUAUAUCCCGGCAUGGUGCAUUGGGCAUCCGAGUGGUAG